UGACCCACCCUAGUCACACCCUGACCUAACCAACAUAGAGAAUAAAAGGCUCUCUAUGGUCAGGGCGUGACAACUCCAGAACAGAAGUGUCAGCAAUUUGAGGAAAGGUUUCCUUGUUCUCCAAAGGCGCAUGAAAAAGCUAUCUUUGCCAAGAGGACAUUUUUAAACGCAACCAAGACAACCAACAUUUUAAAAAGCAUGAGGCAAAUGGGAGCUGAACAUACUGGGCCUCUUUCUCGAGCAGGCUAUUCUUUUAACAGGCCAUUUUGAAAUGUGCUGAUGUGUGCUUGGUUGCCAAGAACUCAUUAAUCAUAGGAUGGUUGGAGGCUUCGGGUGGCAGAGUAACCAUGAGUAAAGAUAAAGAAAUCAAUCCUCUGAUCCACAAUCCAACUACCCCAGUUACAUGACUAAGGCACGGAAUAUUCAUGCAUGUUUUAAGGUUUUAUAGGGUUCCUGUUGUUCAUCACAACAAUCACCAUGGAGUUCAGUUACUGGAAAGACAGUCAUCAUGUUGAGUAGCUGGAAAAUAUAAUAAAUGGCUUCCUUGUUCAGUGUGGAAUGCUAGCGGACCGGUGGCGAGCCGAGGCUGAAGGAGCAUGGUGAAGCACCAACCCUUGCAGCAGGUCUAUGAGAAGCAGCUGUGUUUGUCCUUCCUCACUGGGAUCUAUGGCUGCCGCUGGAAACGCUACCAGCGUUCACAUGACGACAGCUCCAAGUGGGAGUGUGCAUGGUUCAUCAUCUUGUGCAGCACCUUCUCCCUGCUCCUCUUCUGGGCUUACUUCUGGUUGGAGGCCCACAAUGACUACAACCAAUUCAACUGGUUACUAUACAACCGUUCUGGGGAAUGGAAGGACGGGACUGUCCCCAUUCUCGCAACCACCGCAGUUGGCUUUAGUUACAUUACAUUUUUAAUGAUUUUAGCACUUUGUCAUAUUUCACUGGGACAGCAGCUGAACCUCUACUGGAUCCACAAGGUUGGUGUGUUGGCUGCCUUGAUCACCACUGUCAGUGGCGUGGUCUCCAUCGAUGACGUGUGGGGGGACGAAUGGGACAUCAUCCUCAUAUCUCUACAGUCCACAGGGCCUUUCCUGCACAUAGGAGCUCUGGCUGCCGUCACAGCGCUAGGCUGGCUAGUUGCUGAACAUGUGGUCCGUGCAGAGAGAACCAAGUUCCACAUGAUAUUGCUGCUGGUUUACCUGAGUGUCCUGCUGGCCCUCUACAUGGCUCCCCUCGCCAUCUCCUCACCCUGCAUCAUGGACAAGAACAGCCUCAAAUCUCGACCUGACGUCAUUGGACGACGGGGAGCGCCAAUGCUGGCUCCAGAGAACACCCUGAUGUCCUUCAACAAGGCUCUGCAGCAGGGGGUUAGCUCCUUGGAGGCCGACGUCACCGUCAGUCUGGACGGGGUGCCCUUCCUGAUGCGAGACCGCACCUUGAAACGGACCACUGACAUCGCCAAGGUCUUUCCAGACAGGCAGCACGAGGACGCCUCUCUCUUCAACUGGACAGAGCUUCGCUCUCUAAAUGCAGGGCAGUGGUUUUUGGAGAACGACCCCUUCUGGACUGUUGGGUCUCUGACAGGAAGGGACCGGAACCGGAUACGGAACCUGACAGUGUGUAGCCUGGUAGAGAUGUUGCGUCUGGCUGCCAGGGGCAACCGCUCAGCCCUGUUGUAUCUCCGCAGACCUCCGCCAGAACACCCACACUACAAGACCUGGAUCAUGGACACCCUGUGGGCCGUCCAGAGGUCUGGGAUAUCACAGAAGAGAGUGACGUGGACCCCGGACACAGACAGGGGCCGUGUCAGGGGGCUGCAGCAGACCUCCUUGGAGAAGCUGUCAGUGGAGGAGCUCAGACACAGAGGCAUCAGCAGCCUCACCCUGCGCUACUCACAGGCCAGCAACAAGGACAUUCAGGACUUCUUGGCAAACAACAUGAGUGUGACGGUGUACCCGGUGAAUGAGCCGUGGCUCUACUCAGUGCUGUGGUGCAGCGGGGUGUCUUCUGUCUCCUCUGACACCCCUCAGGUCCUCCGCAAGGUGCCUUACCCCAUCUGGCUUAUGAGCCCAGAUAAAUACUGCUUGGUCUGGAUCACCUCCGAUCUAGUCUCCAUCGCCAUAGUUAUAGGAAUAUUCAUCUUUCAAAAGUGGAGGAUGAGUGGCAUGCAGAACUACAAUCCAGAGCAGAUCAUGCUGAGUGCUGUGGCGCGCAGGCCCAGCCGGGAUGUCAACAUCAUGAAGGAGAAGCUCAUAUUCUCAGAGGUAAGUAAUGGAGUGACCAGUACAGAUGAACAUCUAUAUCCAGAGAAUGGCUAUGACAUUGGGCAGUACAAGUGAGCUGUGUCUGUAUACCUGGAAAAUGGCCAGGACAAUGGUCCAUUCRGAUGAACUGUCUCUAUAACAUGAGAAUGGCUAUGCCAAUGUGCAGGAAGGAUGAGUUGUCUCUGUACCUGUCUGAGCUGGUUGUGACAGCUACACUUAUGACGGCAUAACAUGGUGACCGCAACAUGCAGAAUCACAAUGGCUGCUACUGUAAACAUGGAUGUUUCUACCAACAUGUCGGAAGUUUGAACUUUAAAAAGUUCUGAAUGUUCAAUAUUUUGAAGACUGUUGACCUUGCUGGAGUGACUUUUUUAGAAGUUGUUCUGACGGAUCAUGGGAUGUUUUUCUUUGCUAAUUUGUUUAUAUAGCARAGGAAAAGCGUCCUGCUCUGUAUAUUGAGUUGAGUUUUUCUGUUAUUUUAUUUUCCCUCAGAGGAUUUUCAUGGUUUGGAGUUCUGAUUGUAUGAUAUAAGACUGAAUUCACUAACAUGUGUGUCCUCUCCUAUCGAUGUGUGAAUGACAUUUUGCAUUAUGGGAAUGAACUGUUCUUGCAUUGUCAAAUCAAAUCAAAUUUUACUGGUCACAUACAUAUGGUUAGCAGAUGUUAUUGCGAGUGUAGCGAAAUAC